AUGGAUUUUUGGUUCUCUAACUUGAUUAGGCGUACUGCAGUCGUUGAUGAUGCCAGAGUUGCUCUAUAUAAAGAGAGGUUUACUGUUAUGGAUGAAGUUUUGGCUGCUGCCCACCAGUUGAAGUCACGAAAUUCAGAAGCUCUGUAUGAACCUUCUUCAAAAGGUUGCAAUGUGGAACCAGGCCGUAUCUACUAUCAUGUUUCAAGACCUGGAAGUUCCUUCCAAACUCUGCAUGAAGGGGGACGACUCCGUGGAAGAACUGAAAUAGCACCAGAUCAAAGGGAGAAAUUUUUGCAGAGAUUCCAACAACAAAACCCUCUUCUACAGCAGUUUAAUUCCCAAAGCUCAAGUGGAUUGGGUGGGCCACCGCCAGCAAGUCCCAACACUGCCACGUCAGCACAACAAAAAAAUCUAAUCCAUUUACAGUCAAGUCAACAAAUGUCAACCGGUUCUAAAGAUAGCGCAAAUAAUAAUUCAAAAGUUGAUGAGAUUGAACAACAGCAACAACAAAUACACCAACAAAGCGUUACAUCUGAUGACUCAAUACCUGAUCCUGCACAAUCUCCUGUCCUUAACAAGAACACUUCCAAUGAAGAAGAUUUAAACGUCUCAUAUGCAUUAGACAUGCAGCAGGGAUCUGGGACUAUGACAGUAGCAGCACAAAGCACACGCGAUGUUGACCUGUCACCUGGUCAGCCAUUACAAUCAAACCAGUCGGUUAGCCUAUGUGUGAUUGGUAGAAGAAUCCUGUCUGACUUGGGUGCAAUUGGAGACAACGUUAGUGGGUUAGCCGUGUCCCUAGGUGGGACCCACGACCAACAAUACAACCUCCAAAUGCUUGAGUCCGCCUUCUACAAACUCCCCCAACCCCGAGACUCAGAACGUCCCAAAAUCUACACUGCACCUUUUGGGAACGUCUUGGAUCCGACAACAUUGGGAUCGAUACUUUAUUUUUUGCAUUUAUUAUCAAUAGAAUGCUUAUCAACACUAUCUGGCUGCAAAAGAAUUAAAGAAACAAUCAUGGAGAGGCAAAAAUCCAUGCAAAUCUUUUUCGAAAACAUUCUUUGUGGAAUGUAUACCCUGUGCAGGGGAAUGAAUUAUCUUUGUAUUUUCACAGGAUCCCUUCAUCUUCAUAUUCUAAUGAUUCGAACUCUUAUAUGGCAACCAUGGGACCACCGAAUCAAUUUCCCAAAAUGA